AUCUCUACAUGCCACACCCAAAAAGAUUUGGAGUAGAAGCUUAGUUACGAAGAAUUUCCACAUGCAGGUACCUUGAAAUCAUUACAAGGGACAAACAAUAUUUCAAGUUUGGGAACAAAGGAUGGAGCAACACUCAUUGUGCACAUCUUUUCCUACAAAAGAUUUAUCAACUCCAAGAAAGCCUCAAGGAUGGAAAGCCAUGCCUUUCAUCUUAGGAAAUGAGACGCUUGAAAGGUUGGCGUCUUAUGGGAUGUUAGCAAACUUCAUGGUGUAUCUGUUAACGUUUUUUCACAUGAAUCAGGCACCAGCAGCUAACCUAAUCAACAUUUGGAUGGGUGUCACAAAUUUCACACCUUUGCUUGGUGCUUUCAUUUCUGAUGCUUUGAUCGGAAAGUUCAAGACCAUUGCUUUUGCAUCCUUCGCAUCUCUGCUGGGACUAAUAACGUUGACGUUAACGGCAUGGCUGCCACAAUUGCAUCCUCCAUCCUGCAACUCACAACAACUACCACAUGGUCAUCAUUGCAAAGGUCCCAACAAUCUUCAAUUUGGUAUGUUGAUCCUCGGACUCGGCCUCCUAGCCAUUGGAACAGGAGGAAUAAGGCCGUGUAACAUCCCAUUUGGUGUCGAUCAAUUCGAUCAAACAACAGAAGGAGGCAAGAAAGGGAUUGCCAGUUUUUAUAACUGGUACUAUAUCACAGCUACUUUGGUGUCCUUGAUUACUUUAACUGUUGUGGUUUAUAUCCAAGACAACGUUAGCUGGGUCUUGGGUUUUGGUCUACCUACCAUUCUCAUGGUCUGCUCGAUUGUUCUAUUCUUCGUUGGGACGAGAAUAUACGUCCAUCAACCGCCCCAAGGCAGUCUCUUUUCGGGUAUAGCUGGAGUGUUGGUUUCUGCCCAUCGUAAGCGUCGGCUUCUGCUUCCCGAGGACGGAGAGACUGAUGUUAGUUUCUACGAUCCUCCAUUAAAGAAAGCUAUUUUAUUGAAGCUCCCGCUUACCAACCAGUACAGGUUCUUGAACAAGGCUGCCAUAAUAGAGAAAAAUGACGAGAACCCUGAAGCUGGUUGUGCAAAUCCAUGGAGGCUAUGCAGCAUUCAACAAGUGGAAGAGCUCAAGUGCCUAUUAAACAUAGUCCCAAUAUGGUCUGCAUGUAUUAUUAGCUUCAUUUCCAUGGCACAACAAAGCACAUUCACCAUGUCACAAGCUUUGCUAAUGGAUAGACACCUCGGACCCAAUUUUGAAGUCCCCGCAGGAUCCAUGGUCAUCAUAACAAUGAUCACAAUCGGGAUUUGGGUGCUAUUAUACGACAGAAUUGUCGUUCCAUUUCUUAGAAAACUUACAAAAAUCGAAGGCGGAAUAACAAUUCUCCAGAGGAUAGGAAUUGGGGCGAUAUUCUCAAUCCUAUCAAUGGUAGCUGCCGGAAUUGUUGAGAGGGAGAGAAGAUCACGGGCCAAUUCGCAGCCUCAAUCGCCAAUGUCAGUCUUCUGGUUGUCGCCACAACUUGUCCUCCUAGGCUUAUGCGAGGCAUUCAAUGUUAUUGGACAAAUUGAAUUCUACAACACAGAGUUCCCUGAGCAUAUGAGGAGUAUUGGUAAUUCAAUAUUCAGCUGCUCCUUUGCUGGUGCAAACUACCUCAGCAGCUUAAUGAUCACAAUCGUUCAUCAUUCAACCGGAACUAGUAGCCACCCCAAUUGGUUAACAAAUGAUCUCAAUUUAGGCAGAUUGGACUAUUUCUACUUCCUCUUGGCCGGGUUAUGUGCUAUGAAUUUCAUCUAUUACCUGGUCUGUGCCCGGAGGUAUCGGUACAAAACCAUUGUACAAGUGGAAGAUGAACCUUAAUUACCUUGAUGUCGAGCUGAUCAGCACAGUCAAAGGUUGAACUUACAUAUUGAAUUAAUUGUAUGUAUAAACAGACGACAAGUGAAGUGUAUUAAUGGUGCAAAUUUUCUUUCGUUUAGGAAGCCAAACAGGAGUUCGAGACCCUCCAGUGCAGUUAAAUAAAUGGAACUUCUUUUGUAUAGCAUUGGGUAUAUGCUAUUGGAUAAAUUAAGUGAGGAUUUUCGGAUAACUAUAUAUGCUUUUCC